AUGGAGCCAGAAGCGUUGGAAACAUGCCCCUACAACGCCCACCACAGGAUCCCUCGCAGCCGCUUCCAAUACCACCUGGCCUUCUGCCUGAGGGAGACCAUCAGGAAAGCCAAAGCAAUGGCGACCUGCAAGUAUAAUGCCUGCCACGUGCUCCCCAUCAAGAAGCUGCAGGAGCAUGAGGCUGCCUGUGUAAAUCGUAGAAAUCUGGAGGAGGAGGACGGCACGAGCACCUCGCGUCUCGGCAGUGGUCUGCAAGGCCCCAGCGCCAACACCUGGAACACGGACAACAGCAACUGCUACCCCAUAUUCGUCCUGAAGCCUUUUGCCCCUCAAAAGCUUGUCUGUGAGAGCGUGCCCCUCAUGGUCCCCCAGAAGAACCUCAGACCAGGCCAAUAG